AUGCUCCUAGAGGAAUACAAGUCCUACGCCACUGAGAAACGCGACAUUCGAACGAACGGCCCAGACUUCGAUCUUAGCGAGCCCCACUUCUCUAGCCAAAAAACAGGUACUACUCUCAAGGACCCAACAGAGUUUUUUCUAACCACCAACACGUGGGGUAUACUCACUGUAUGUAUCGAGAAGAUUAGAAGCAGGGUGCAGUUAGCUACGCCCGUCGCGUCUACACUGUCGUCAUUUGAUCUACCGGACGCUAUAAAGGACUUUCACCGGGAUGUCUACCCGUUCAUUGACCCUUCUAAACCAGAACUCGCCUUAAAGGAUAAAGUCGUACUCGUCACAGGUGGUGGCCGCGGUAUUGGUGCCUCCAUUGUGGAAGCGUUUGCCAAAGCUCAUGCCAAAGUCAUUGUUAUGACUGGUCGCUCCGAGUCCAGUCUCGCCAAUGCCAAGAAUUCUCUUGAGAAGGCAUAUCCAGAGACCAAUUUUAUCCCCGUUAGCGUGGAUAUCAGUUCUGAAGAUCGCGUGAACAGCCUUUAUGAGAGCUUGAAGGACAGAUUCGACCAUAUUGGGGUACUCAACGAGUUUGGCCCCAAGGUGGGCGAGACGAACAUAGACAAAUUCUGGGCCGAUAUGACCGUGAACACCAAAGGGCCUUAUUUACUCUCCUGUGGGCUUAUUAAGUUUAACCCAGACAACUAUCGUGCAACGUUUAUCACUUUCACCACGUCUAUCAACGAAGAGUUCACAAACGUGUCUGCCUACCAGCUGAGCAAGAUCCCUCCCAUCAAACUCGUCCAGAUCUUGAAUGCAGGUGUGGUGGCUACAGAUUCGCUCUUGGACAGCUUCAAACCGUUUGCUCAUGACAA